AUGGCUCCCCUCAAGCCGCACUGGAAGCAGCCGUCCCACCCGGACAUCCAGGAGGUUCUCGUCGCCGCCGACGGCGACAAUGCCUUCACCACCAAGAGCAUCUCCCGCAUAGAGCUGCCGCCCUUUGCGCUAUUUGCCCGCCUGUCCUCUCCGCCGUGCACGCCAGCCGCUGCGCCGACCUAUGCCACCGUCCAGGUCUCCCGUGACCGGCACAUCAACCUCAACAGCGAUCUGCUGUACAUCAACCACUCGUGCGAGCCGUCUUUGAUCUUUGAUACCGCAGGUCGGGCCGUCUGGGUAGGCCCCAAGGGCCUUCGCCCGGGCGAUGAGCUCACCUUCUUCUACCCCUCCACGGAGUGGGACAUGGCCCAGCCGUUCUCCUGCUUCUGCGGCACUGCCACCUGCCGCGGCCAGAUCAGCGGCGCCCGCUCCAUGCGGCGUGAUCAGCUGGCCGGCCUGUGGCUGAACGCCCACAUCUGGGACUUGCUCGGAGAGCAGGCAGGCGACCACCAAGAAAAGAGUGCAACCGUCUCGGCCUCGCCCACCGAGCUGGCCCUCGAGGAGAUUCUGGCCAAGACCGAGGAGACGCUUCGCAAGGCCGACGAGGCUGCAGAGACCGCCCGCUUCGCACUGGCCACGUACCGUCACAGCGGUAACGCAAACGGAACAAACGGCACAAACGGCCACCAUUAUGGCGGAGCCGCCGACGACAUCACCACCGCCAAAGGAGCGACUCGACGCGGACCGACGUCACGUGAGCUCAGCGGCGAAAUGGGCGGUGAUACUGUACGCACGUAA